UGAGUUAAAAUGCAUUGAUUGAUUCAAGGUACAAAGUUUAUUUUAUAUUAAUACAUAGAGAUUUGGUCACAUGUAAUACAUUAUUUAUAUCUCUACCUUUUUUAUUAUUCUGUAUUAUUUAAGCAUCAUUCUCGAAUUUUUUUUUUUCUUUUCUUCUACUUACAGAUUGUACAUAUAUGAUAUCAAAAAUUAUCCAAUUGUAUUACUCUGUAACAAAAUAUAAAUAUGCUUUGAUUCAUGUAACUAACACAUUUACAAUGUGGAAAUUAUAUACUGAUUUAUUUUUUUAUAACUAAAUAAUAAUGAUAAAUGAUAUACAACAUAACAGUAGAGGUAUAAAUAAUGUAAUUGAGAUUGUAUUAACAAGAUUAAUAAGAGUUUUCAUUUGCUUGAUUAAUUAUUAAAUUGAUGGGAAAAUUGGCAGUGAUAUGGAAUAAUUUCCUGUUAGAUAUAUUGCUUUGUAUUAUAAUACAAUAAACUGGAAAUAUUUUUUUAAUAACAUUAUUUUAAAAUGUUAUCACAAAAAGUACAUAUAAGUUUGUACUUAUCUAAUAAGAUCAUCGAAUUAUUAUUUGCUUAAUCUAUUGAACAUAAAUAUUUUCUUUUCUUUUGAAUAACAAUACAAAUUGUUAUUUAUAUGUAUUAAAAUGUAAAUAUGUUUAAACAAUUGAAAAGAAGUGCAGCAUAUUACAGAUAUAAUAACAUAUGGGAACUACAUAUAUACAAAUAAUAAGUAUUAUUAUAAUACAAUUCCGAUUGAUUUUCCAUCUUCGUUUCUUUUUCUUUUUUUUUUUUUUUUUUUUGGAGAAUCAGUCCCAAUUCUUUUAAGAUACUGUUAUGCAGAAGACUGACUUGCAUAGAAUUAUGAAUAACUUGUUGUUAAUUAUCCAAAUUUUCUUCACGCAGAUUGUGUAUCAUUAGAAUCGUCCUUUGCAUUAUUACUGUUUAAUAGAUUAUCAUUUAAGAAAAAUAACAUUAUAUAAUUAGCAUUGAAAAGAGAGAAUAAAAUUUGUAUACAAUUAUCAAAAGGAUACAUGAACUUUUAGCGUCAAUAUUACAACAAUUCAAAAAUUAGAGGAACAGCGUUUUGCAAAUGUAAUAUUUAAAAUAAGGAUCUACUAUUAUUGACUGUAAUAUUUUUUAAUUAUUUAUUUUUUUUUUUUCUUAAUUUAUCUCCAUUAGAACUAUAUUUUCAGUAGCAAGAUUUUUAAGUUCUCACAUUAUUGUAUUUAUUAUACUUAUAACAUGUUGUAAUUAAUUACAGAUAUACAUAUAAAUGCUACAAAAAAAAAAAAAAAGAGAAAAAAAAAAAAAGAAAAAAAAAAAAUUAUUCUUUACCUUUGUUGCUUUUAUCUUAGAGCUGAGAGUACUGAUUUUGAUACAGAUACAUUAUUAAUUAUAAAUAUGUAUAAGAAAUAUUAAAUUUUCUCUUUUCCAUCGUUACGACUAUAAAACAUUAUAGAAAUAUUUCAAAACAGGUUUCUUUUUCUUUAAGUUUCAAAAUUGCAAUUAGUAUACCAUUUAUACCAAAUAAACUAUGUCAUUGAGCUCUUAAUAUAUUAUCAAAGAUUUAUAAGUCUUACAUAGAUAAACAUCAACUUAUAUUGUAUUAUAGCUAAUUAUGAAGCAUGAAAAAAUUUCUUGCAAUUUUUAUUUCUCUGUUCCUCAAAAAAUCAUUAGUAUCAAUUUCUACUCACUCUCGUUUGAUGCUAUAUAUACUCAUAGGUAUAAAAUAUUUUCUAAGAGCAGAGUUUUAUCGAUCAUUAUCAGAAUACAUUCACGUUUACAAAUAUUUUGGAAAAUGUAUCCUGAUAAUAUAAACAAAUUCCCAUCAGAUCUCUCUAAAUCUGAUGAUUCGUUUUUGUAUAAUACUAUUAUAUUGUAAAAAUCUUAUGCAUCACUCUCAGUUGCACCGUCUUCUUCCAUUAUAGGUACUAUUAAAUUAUCUUUCGACAUCAAAUUAUAUUUAGUUACAAAUGCUGUAAACCUUCGACAAAGGAAUGUUUUAUUUUCAAAUUCGUCGAAUAUCGUUCUGUGAUGAAAAUAUGCGUGAGAAAAUAUUCUGUAUACUCUACGACAUACAGAUCCAAGUUUAGCUACUGAAGAUUCUUUAAUGCUCACUCUGAAAUAAUACAAUAGCUACAAUUAAAUAUAUUGUAAACAAAAUUGAUACUUUAAUAUAUUAAUAAUAUAUUAUACAAGAAUAUAUAAUAUAUACCUGCUAGGAAAAUAUUUAUUACUGUUCAGUAAACAAGCUGCUCCAUCGAGUGUAUGUCUGGUAUAAUCAAUAGCAGGACAUUCUUUAGGAGUUUUAUGCGCAGCGCAUAAAAAUAUCCACUGUUCUGUGGCUGUCAUUUGAUUACAUGUUUCAGGAUGACAUUCUUCUUGCAAUCUAACUGCCAAUCCAUUAAGUUCCAUACAAAAUUGUCUCAAAUGUUCAUAUUUCCAAACUCCUUCAUCUUGGGCAUCUGGCAUGUUAAGUAUCAAUUCUAUAUUUGAUGGUUCUCUCCUGAUUGUCUGUUGUAUAUAUUGUUGUACCGCCAAUGUGCUAUCCAUUUCUUCAAAUACUUCAUCUGGCCACAUGCUAAAAUCCUGUAAAAUUUGUUAAAAAACAAUCCAAUAAAGUAAUAAUCUUUUCUUAAGAAUAAUUUAGGAUCAAUUGUUAAUGAGAAGAAUAUUUUCAAUACUUCAAUAACAAACAUUGAUUCUUGUAUAAUUUAUUACAAUCAUUAAUAUCUCAAUGAUAAAGGCUAAAGAUUGUAAAAUUUUAUCUGAAAAGAAUGUCAUUCAACAUUAGAUUAAUCUCAUAGAAUAUUUAUUAUUUUUAUUAUUUGUUUAUAAAUAUUCAUUGAAAUAUGCUUAAGUAAGGAGAUGCCGGUAUAUCAAUAAAGUUUAUUCGUCCUAAUCAAACGAAUGGCAAAGUAAUAUUUGUAUCAUAUAUAAACAACACAAUGUCAAAGAUAAUUGAUAAUAAUAUCGACCUUAGCUUUAGUUCCGGGUCUAUUUCUUCUCAAGAUUGUAGGUCCGUCCGCCAUCUUCAUUUUGUCAGUUCUUGCAAUUAAUAUGCUUGAACAUCCAAUUGUAUCAGAAAGGGAGAUGCUUCUUCUCCUAGAAUAUCCAAUAUUUUUUAUAUAGUAUCCUUUAUUGCCACCAGAUGGCGAUUAUGUAGAUUAUCGUUUGUGAAUCUAUCGAUUUUAAAUCGUACAAUAAACCUUUGCUUUAUCGUCUUUGAAAGGUUAUUUCUAACCUCUAAUUUAGUUAUUAAAAAAAAAAAAAAAAAAAAGAACAAAAAAAAACAAAAAGAGAAAUAAGAUUUUAAAAUGUAUUGAACUUGUAUUAAAAAAAGAAUGUUGCAAACAAUGUUAGCUUUUAAUUUAAAGGAAACGAAUGAAGCGCACACACGUUUAUAACAGCUUCAUAGGUGGAUCACUGAGUAAAAUGGAGGGAGAAGAUCCGUGAAAUGACGUUCGAAGAACAGCGCCAAUUAUAGUAAUCACGCGCAGUUUUAUGUUGGUUAUUGUUAAACAUUUUUAAUAAUGUAUAUAUAAGAUGUAUAACCUAUAAAAAUGGUUGUGUAAAUAAUUAAAGUUAUAGCCAUGCAAACAUGGCUUCGAUGCACGUUAAUAGUUCUAUCGAAAGCGCGAAUAUCAAAUUCGUAAAUUUGAUUGAAAGAAUAUUAUCAUUGACACAUACGAAAUUAAGUGAUAAAAGAUUGAUAAAUUCAUGCCUGAAUGAUCUUAAUGAUAUUGAUUACAGACACAUUAAUAUAACUAAUAAUGAUGCUGUAUUAUUAUUGAUAAAUCAACUUUGUGCUAUUGUACCACCUACCGAAACACUUCUAGUUAAAAAUACUUGUCUAUUCUUAGCUAAUGUAAUACAAAAUGAUCUUGUAUUCCAAGGGAGAACCUUUGCCGCUUGUACACGAUGGAUUUUAGAUGCGUUAAAGUUUUCACAAUCUUUCGCUUGGAUUUCUAUUCUUAUUGCAUUAAAAAGUCUCUUAGUCACUGGCAAUUUUGAUAAUAUUAAUCAAUAUCUUCAAUCCUUACUUGGAAAUGAAGGUUUAUUAAAUAAAUAUUUAAUACCUCAAAAUGAAGAGUGGACGGAUUUAAAUUUUCAAGCAAUAUGUUGCUUGGAAGGAAUCCUGAUGAAUAAGAAAAGUAAUACAUAUGUAUCACAAGAAUACAUAUCUAUAAUUAAAGAUAUUGUUUUGAAUACAGUGUCAUUGUUACCAUGUUCAAAUCAUAGUACACAAUAUUAUAGCAAAAUUCUAUGUUUAUGUUUGAGAAUUUUACGUGGCGCAAUAAUAGAUAAAUUGAUACCAGUUUCAUCGGAUUUCAUUGGUGAAAUUUUAGGAGUAGUACAGGCUUUCUUAUUUUAUGGAAUUAAAGAUUAUUUACCUAUACAACCACAACUUCUCCGUCCAGCAGCAAUGAAUCUUCCAGAACGACCACAUGUUGUACCAAAGUGCAAGAAUCAGAAAGUAUCCAAAUCAAAAUCCAAAAAGCAAAUAUCUAAAAAAUCUAUGCCAGAAGAUAAACGUAUUGUUAGUCCAGAAAAUAAAAGGAUUUAUAAAUACUCUAGCGAAUCUGAAAUAUCGGAUACCGAAACAAAUGAUUCUGUUCUGGCGGAAUCUAAAGUUAGACUCGAAGCUGUACAUCUAUUGCAAGCACUAAUAGAAAAUACACAAGCCCGUGAAAUUUUUGGUUAUUGGCCUCAAAUAGUUGCGACUGGUUCGCGAAACGAUGCUAGAGUAUUAGCUAGGAGUAUUUUAAAAGAACCUAAUACAAAAGUGCGACAAAAUGUUUUAAGUGCACUUACUGAAUUAUUAAUUGGUGCUAAACCUUUUUUAAUACAUGCAGAAGAUGUUCAGCCUACGUCAUUUAUAACUUUCUUUGGUACGGUUUAUCUAAUGGUGAAAGAAUUGCACUUUACAUUAUCCUUAGUUUUAAAUACUGAAAAAAAUGCAGCUGUUUUGACUCAUUUAUUAAAAUGCAUAGCAGCACUUAUUCAAGGUACACCAUAUGCUAAAUUAAAACCUGGACUUGCAACAAAAUUAAUUAGGAAUUGUAGAUCACAUAUACAACACAAAGAUCCUACUGUAAAAGUUGCGACGUUCUUAGUUUUCGAAGGACUAGUUUGGAAUGAUCCUAUUACUCCAGAAAUACAUGAGAUUCUUGCAAAACAAUCAAACGUUAACUCUGAACCAGAAGCAAAUACAAGUUCGAUCAAUGACAUAACAACUCAAGAAGAAGAAAUAGAUAUUGAAGAUUUGAAUGAUAAUAAAAUUGAAAUUGAUAAUCAGGAUAAGCUUUUUAAAGACAAAGGCAUCAGUUCUUUACUUCAAAUAUGCUUGAAUAAUGUAUCAAACAAGUGUACAAGUACGCCAGUUCAACUUCAGUCAUUGAAACUAAUUGGUUCAUUAGCAUUUAACACCAGUGAUCUUGUAUUUCCUUAUUUGGAGAGAGUUACAAAUACUUUAAUUUCUGUAUUAACAGAUUCUGAAACACAAAUUAUAUUACAUUCUUGUCGGACAGUUGAAAUAAUAGCAAGUUGUCUAGCAAAUACAGAUUCAAGUCAUAAUUCUGUAUUAUUUUGGAAUAUUGUAUUCGAACCUAUGACGUUACUUGUUCAACACGAACAAAUUAUAUUAAGAGAGGCUGCCUGUGAUUGUUUAGGCACUAUCAGUUGUAAUAUGUUCACUCAAUUAACGCGUGAACAAAAUGUGUUACUUAAAACAAUAUUAAUAGGUAGUAUCCACGAUGAUGAAAGUGCUGUAAGAGCAGCAGGUUUAAGAGCAUUAGGAAUGUUAAUAACACUUCCUCCGUUAGAAGAAGACACUGGUUUUUUAAUGGAUUUAGCUGAUAUAGUUUGCUUUGGUUUAGAUGAUCAAAAUCUUGGCGUACGCAUAAAAGCAACAUGGGCGUUAGCAAAUUUAUGUGAUUGUCUUUCUAGACGAAAAUGUAAUGAAGAUAUGGAACCUAUUCUAUUCGACAUUUUAUUACCAAAACUUUAUCAAAUAAGUGUUAAAGCUGCGAAAGAUAAUGAUAAAGUAAAAUGUAAUGCCGUUAGAGCCUUGGGAAGUAUAUUGCAUUUAUGUCCAAAUAGAGAAAUAUUGAAAGAUACGUCUUCAGGAUUGGAUGCUUUAAUUAAUUGUGCUGUAUUAGGAAAUGAUAUGAAAGUAAGAUGGAAUGCUUGUAGAGCAUUAGGAUUAGUUUUGUCCCAUAAUCCAGAUGAUGUUUUACCAUCAUCUUGGCAAGAACAAGUCUUUCCAGCAUUGUGCAAUUUAAUAUGUCAUAGUCCUAAUUUUAAGGUUCGCACAAACGCAGCAUGGGCAUUAUAUUCAUGUAAAUUUUAUGGUAAAUACACUCCAACUUUAUGGAAAAGUAUAGUUUUAGCUUUCGAAAAUUGUCAACAUGUGCCAAGUUAUGUCGAAUAUUCUCAUCGUGAUACGCUUGUCCAACAGUUGUGCCUUACUCUCAGCCAUUUAGCAGCUCAUACGAAAGUAUCAGAAUUACAAAAUGUUUGGAUAGAAAUUGGUGAUCACAUUGAAAAUAUUUCCAAUUAUAUUAAAAAGUUUCAGGAAAACAUAUUGCCAGAAAAAGUUGGAAAUUUAAUAGAAGCUAAAGCGCAUUUAGAAAAGUGUGUUAAAAUUGCCAAAUCAUCGCAAGAUCAACGAAUUGCUAAUACAUUAGCUAAUUUAUUUGAUAGAACAAGUCAUUAUGAUAAUUUAGAUAGUUUAAGUAUAAUGUGAUUAUAAACUAUAGAUAGAAUUGAUCCAUUUAUAUUUAAUAAUUAAUAUAUUAUUAAACGAUCAUUCGUUCUGUAAUUUAAUUUAUAAUCAAACUAGAUUGUUACAAAAUGCAUUUUUUAUUUGUAUUAAUAAAUAU